GGUCGGUAUAAAACGCUGAAACCGGAAUUGAAACGUGAGAAUUGACAUAUUAGUUGUGGAUGAAAAAUUUCAACCUAUCGAUCUAUCGCUCAGUCGUUCUUCGGGAGAACCAAUUUUAGUUCGAACGUUUUCAUUGAUCGCUUGAGUACCGAAUCGUAAGUUCGUGUGAGACGUUGCAGGAUGUUUGCUACCGUGUUGCUAGCUAUAGUAACGCUGAUAUUAUUAAUUAUUUAUUUAGUAGUCGGACAACAUACGAGGAAAACUCCACCAGGGCCAUUCUCGUGGCCGAUUUUCGGCAACCAGUUUCUAAUGAAGCGUUUGAUUCGAGAAUUUGGGGGGCAGCACAAAGCGUUUUUGGAACUUUCGAAACGGUAUGCUAGCGAUGUGAUAACCGUCACUAUGGGCAAUGAAAAGGUACUAAUCGUUUCCGGAAGCAAACUGUGUGAAACGGUACUGAAGAAUGAGGAAUUCGAUGGACGACCUUGGAACGAAUUUAUCAAACUUCGAAAUAUGGGCAAAAAGCAAGGCAUCACAAUGAACGACGGAGGAGAAUGGAAAGAAUUGCGGAGCUGGAUGUUGCGGACCAUGAGGGUGUUCGGUUUUGGAAAACGCGAGAUGGCGCAAAUGAUUAAAAAGGAAUUGACCUUACUUUUGGAUGAGAUGAGUACAGAGGGUCCACACAUACUAAGACCAUUGAUUACACCGACUGUGAUAAACGUCCUCUGGUUUUUGACGACGGGAGAAUCAUUCAGCCGGGGCAAAAGAGUAGAUUCUUUUAUCAAGUUGAUGGAAACUCGAGCACAAGUCUUUGACAUGAUGGGCGGACUUAUCUCCGCUUUCCCUUGGAUUCGUUACAUUGCACCUGAGUUCUCAGGAUACAAUCUUUUGUGUACGCUGAACGGAGAACUCAAGAACUUCUUAAUGGAAACUAUCAUUGAACAUAAGAAGAAAUACAAGCCGGGAAGUGAAGCAGAUGUAAUUGACAUGUUCCUUCAUGAAAUGAAAAACCAUGGGGAAUCUAGCCCUAUCUUCACUGAUGACCAAUUGGUGGUACUGUUGAUCGAUCUUUUCCUUGCUGGUUUUACGACCACGAGUCUAACCUUGGACUUUCUGUUAUUAACUAUGACGGUGUAUCAGGAUGUGCAGCAUAAAGUACAAAAGGAAAUCGACUCGGUGAUACACGACAGACUUCCUGAAGUGGAGGAUAGAGCAAAGCUCCCAUAUGUGGAGGCUGUAAUAAGCGAAGUGCAACGAAUGUGGCCAGUAUUCCCUAUAAUUGGGCCACGACGAGUUCUUCACGAUACGAUUCUUGACAAGUACACGGUACCAAGGGAUACCACUAUUUUAGUCAAUAUGUACUCCAUCAAUAAGGAUCCUAAUAUCUAUCCAGAGCCAGACAAGUUCAUGCCUGAAAGGUUUAUUAAAAACGACGUCUUCGAGCCAGAUACAUAUUCUCUGCAAUUUGGAAGAGGAAGAAGACGAUGUCCAGGCGAAGUACUGGCGAAGUCCGCACUAUUCAUUUUGUUUACGGGCAUAAUGCAGAAGUAUAAUCUACGUCCAGUUCCCGGCAAAGGACCAAAUUCUAUAGAAAUUAUAUAUGGCUUGACAUCGUCCCCAAAGCCUUAUGAGGUACUCGUGACGCCACGAUAAUAAUACCUGCAAUCCUCGUUCUUGAUAUAUGUAUAAUUUCUUGCUAAAUUUCUUACACUUAUAACUUCCACGUAUCACGUGAUUAAUAGGAAGUACGUCUAUUCCUACAGAAAAUUUCAAUAGAAUGUUCAUGGUAAAUAAAAAAAAUGCUAAUUGAUCAGUAUAAAGAAUAAGACAAUAAAGACAAGGUAAAAUAUA